GAACUCUGGGAAAAUGGGCAGGGCCACACUUAUGGCCUGCUACUUUUGAUUAUUUAUAACGUGUUGUUCUGCAUAUUUUUCAACGGUAGUAGACGCAUCAGCCAUAGAUCUUGUAUAGUUUGUUAUUGUAAAGUAGGUCUACAUUUAGUUUACUCUGGUCUUUAAGUCAAAGCUCACUCUACUCUAGACAGCUAGAGUCUAUAUUUUACUUAGUGUAGAUCUACAUUUCUACAGAAUAUGUCAGGAGCAUUAUUUCAGGUGCUAAAAAUAUCCUAAUGCCAAGCUCUAGAAUGGAUCAUGGGCUAGUUAGCCUUCAAGACACAGCUACGCCAGCCCUUGUCCUUGGCUCUUCCUAUCCCAUCAGUAUGGGCAAUGUCUCCAUGCCUGGGAAGGGAAGCCCAACAAAAGUUAUAGAAUGUAAGCACACAUCGCAGUCUACAACUUUUGAAACAUCCAAUAGAUAUGUCCAGUCAUUCCUUUGUUACGAACUCUUUGCUGCCAUUGAAAUGGGGUCAUUCAAGAGAGUUAGAAAUGUUCUGUUGUCAUACCCAGAUCUGGAUUUCAACUUUCACAUUAAAGAUGUCACUCCCUUAUCCUUAAGCUUGUACAGAAAGAGAUUUGAUAUUUUCCACCUUUUUCUUCAUCACCAAGCAAAAGUUGGCAACUUGAAUCUAAACAUGAUAAGCAGAGACAAUUUAGGAAGAAUGGAACCCCCUAUCAUCACAGCAUGCCGUCUUCAUUUUCUGGAAGGUGUUGUCACUUUAGUUAGAAAAGGAGCUGAUAUUGACGUGACAGACAAUCAAGGUCAUACUGCAUUAUGGGUGGCCUCAAGACAGCAAAUGCCUGAUCUUGUGGAAUACCUGAUUAAUAAUGGUGCAAGUGUCAGCAAAGUGGAUAAAUUUGGCUGCACACCUUUGCUGACUGCCCUCAUGUACAGGGUCAGCUCCAUGAUUAUUCGACACCUCAUCAUUCAUGGGAGUCCACUCUCCACUCAUUUAAGUUGGUCAUCAGCUGAGCAGUCUCCACUUUUCUGGGCCACCAAGAAUGGAAAUUUAGAAAUAGUAAAACUGGUGCUGCAAGCUGGGGUGACCAUGCUGGAAGUUCGGUCAGUUCGUAUGGCGCUAUCCAACAGUGAUGUAGACUCUGAGAUCCUGGAGCUCCUUGACCAAGAAACGCUAUUCCCUCCCUCCCUUCAGCACCAGUGUAAACUAGUGCUCAGGUGCUGCAUCAGCACCAAUGGGCGUGGGAAAAACUUUAUGAAAAGUGUGCAAACUUUGCCUUUGCCGUCCAGCAUCAUUCAGUUUCUUCUUCUGUCGAGAUGAUAUGCUUAAUACAUAACUUUUGUUGUUGUGCUUUCAGUAUGUUUCAAACGUUGUUCAGUCUGAGGUCUGCAUUUGUUCAUUUUUUUGAAAUUAUCUCUUAAAUGUUCAUUUUAAGUAUAUAUAUGAUGUUUGAGGAAUCUCAUUUUAUUCCAGGAAGUAAUUCUUCUCUUUAUAUGAACAUAUUUAACUGUUUUAAACUAAAGUAGAUAUUUUUUCUUAAUGCAAUCAGAUUUAUUGCUUUUAUCUUUUUUUUAAAGUGAUCAUCAGGCUGUGAAUCAUUUUACUGUUGUU